AAAGAGAGUUGGCAGAAUCAUAUGGGAAAGAAUUAAUUGAAACAAACCAAUGGGUUACAACUAUCUUUGAAAAUAAGAUGAAUGAACAAGCUCGGUCCAUGGCUGCGUGGGUUUUAGUUAAAAUCAAAGGAAUCGUUACAGAAUAUCAGAGAUUAUUAAUGGAAGAUUUGUUACCACUUGCUUAA